AUUAGGCAAUGCGGCAGUUAGCUUCUUUGUGGACUGCCAAAGGUAAAAUCAUAUUGUUAACAGAAGUGUUAUGUUGCUAAGGAUGCCUUUUAAGCAACGUAUUGACAUACGCCACUUCUUAAAACAAUUGCAGAAGGUGAGGUUUUGGCAUUCAAAAAGCACUAACGUCACCCAAAUGGACUUACCCGACAAGUCCGAGGGGGAUCGGAAGAUCUAUCGUGCCUUGAGCCUGGCGAAUGGCACGCGUGCCAUGCUUAUUUCGGACCCCGGCAUGGGCGAAUCGAAUACAUCUUCGCAUACGUCAGUGGCGAAGUCAGCGUCGUCUAAAAGUGGUACCUCCGAUUCUUCGCUGGAACACUACCAAGGCAAGUUGGCGGCCUGUGCGGUUUUGAUGAGCGUAGGCUCCUUCUACGAACCACCUCAGUAUCAGGGACUGGCGCAUUUUUUGGAGCACAUGAUAUUUAUGGGCUCGGAAAAAUAUCCAAUUGAAAAUGCCUUUGAUUCAUUUGUAACGAAAAGCGGGGGCUUCAGCAAUGCGCAUACAGAAAACGAGGACACGUGCUUCUAUUUUGAAGUAGAGGAGCAGCAUCUAGACAAGACACUGGACAUGUUUAUGCAUCUGAUGAAAGAGCCACUUAUGUCCAUCGAUGCAAUGGCACGCGAACGCUCCGCACUGCAGUCCGAGUUCGAGCAGACCCACAUGAUCGAUGAGGUGCGAAGAGAUCAGAUCUUGGCCAGCAUGGCGAGCGAUGGUUAUCCACAUGCAACUUUCAGCUGGGGCAAUCUCAAGUCCCUGCAAGAGAAUGUCGAUGAUGAUGACCUGCAUAAAACUCUGCAUGCUUUUCGACGCAAUCAUUAUGGAGCCAAUCGCAUGACGGUUUGCCUGCAGGCGCAGCUAUCGCUGGACGAGCUGGAAGAGCUGCUUGUGCGUCAUUGUUCGACCAUACCCAAAAGCGAGCAGUCGCCGCUGGAUGUCUCCAGGUUCAACUACAGGGAGGCGUUUCGAGAGCAGUUUUUUCGCCAGCUGCUGCUAGUGCAGCCUGUAGAGGAUGUGUGUAAGGUAGAAAUCACCUGGGUGCUGCCCGCCAUGCGCCAGUUCUACAGAUGCAAGCCGGAUGCCUUCCUCUCGCAGCUGCUGGGUUACGAAGGUGUCGGCAGCUUAUGCUCCUACUUGCGCCGCCGGCUGUGGUGUAUGAGUGUCAUAGCCGGCGUCGGAGGAAGCAGCUUUGAGACGAAUUCAAUUUACUCCCUCUUCACGAUGUCCAUUUACUUAACAGACGAAGGCUUCGAGCAUCUGGAUGAGGUAAUGGCCGCCACCUUCGCCUGGAUACGCAUGCUUAACGAGUGCAACACGCUGCAUUCCACCUACAAGGAAAUGCAGCAAAUCGCAGCCACCAAUUUCCGCUUUCAGAUCGAACUGCCCUCCAUGGACAAUGUGCAAAGCAUAGUAGAGGCACUGAGAUUUCUGCCGCCCAAAGAUGUGCUCACCGGCACACAGCUCUAUUUUGAGUACGAUGACGCGGCGAUGUCGAUGCUCAAGCAGCACCUAAACGAGUUUCGAUUUAAUAUCAUGAUAUCCUCACAUAUACCAUACGAGCAUCUCAUUUAUGAUCAGGUCGAACCUUGGUUUGGCACACACUACACAACCAUCGAUAUGCCCGCUAAAUGGCAGGCCAUGUGGUCAAAACCCGAGCCGCAUCCGGAGUUAAAAAUGCCUGAGCAGAAUCAGUUUAUAACCACAGAUUUCACCGUGCAUUGGAUAGAGGCGGGCAAGCCGCAUGUGCCACGUCGCCCCAAGGCUCUUAUCAAAAAUGAUUUAUGCGAGCUCUGGUUUCGGCCAGAUGAUACCUUCCUGCUGCCUGAUGGCUUCGUAAAUCUAUACUUUAUAACGCCUAUAAUGCGCAGAAGUCCACACGAUUACAUGUCGGCGGUGCUGUACACCUAUUUGGUGGAAUUCAGCAUCGCCGAACAAUUAUAUCCGGCGCUGGUCGCAGGUUUGACCUAUGGCCUGGAUACGGCGGAUAAGGGCUUGGUGCUGCGCGUCAGUGGCUACAAUCAGAAGCUACCAUUGCUGCUGGAGAUCGUUAUGAAUGUGAUGCAAUCGGUAACAAUAGAUCCAGCUCAGGUGAUGUCCUUCAAGGAGCUAAAGAAGCGACAAAUUUUCAAUGCGUUAAUUACUGGCAGAUCCCUCAAUCUUGAUCUGCGUCUUACUGUACUUGAGCACAUGCGCUUCACCCUGCUGCAAAAGUACCAUGCCUUGGAAACCAUCACCGUGGAUGACAUACAGAACUUCAAGGAUAACUUCUACAAGAAGAUGUAUGUUCAGGGCCUGAUCCAAGGCAACUUCACAGAGCAACAGGCGCGCGACAUCAUGCAGAAGGUGCACAGCAACUACCAAAGCGAAAAAGUGGACAACUUAGUGGCUCAGCACAAUCGAUUGGUUCAGCUGCCGCUGGGCGAGCAUUUUCUGCGCGUAAAAACCCUUAAUGAGGAUGAUCCCAAUACCAUUGUGAGCAACUAUUAUCAAAUUGGACCAUGCACUCUAAAAAUGGAAUGCCUUAUGGAUCUGGUCGAUCUGGUUGUGGAGGAACCGUUCUUUAAUCAGCUGCGCACGAAGGAACAGCUCGGCUACAGUCUGGGCGUCUACCAGCGCAUUGGCUAUGGCAUUCUUGCCUAUAUACUGAAUAUAAACACUCAAGAGAACAAGCACACCGCCGAGCAUGUGGAGGCGCGCCUGGAAGCGUUUCGCAGCCGCAUGCCGGAGCUUGUCGCUCAGCUUACAGAUCAGGAGUUCGAUGAGGUGCGGGAAACGCUCAUCAAUGGCAAGAAACUGGCCGAUUACAGCCUGGACGAUGAGGUAAUGCGCAACUGGAGCGAAAUAGUUAGCAUGGACUAUUUUUUCAACCGUACUGACAUGCAAAUACAAACACUGAACAGCCUCACAAAGGAUGAUGUGGUCACAUUUCUUUUAGACUACGACAAGUUCCAUCUACGUAAACUCUCUGUUCAGGUGAUUGGCGCUUCUACCGUGACCAGGCAUUCGACAACCCAAUCUAUUUCCGAUGCCGUUGCCGCCAGGCAAAGCUCUGUGAGUGGCCUGGGCAGACGAACCGGUUCGCUGGCCAUGCUGCUCGAUGAGGUGCAGCGCAACAUAUCCGAGGAGCAGUUGCUGUUUGAACAGAUUGGCGAUCGCAUCAGACUAGAGUUCAUUGGCGUAAGCAAUGAUCCCUCCCACAUAACGGAUAUAGCUGCUUUUAAGAAGGAUCUGCUCGUCUAUCCGUUCAUCACUAGCAAUCCGAAGCUCGACAAGUCGUAAGAGCCAGCUAUAUAAAUAUAUGUUGUUCUUGUACAAACAACUGUUAAAAGUCGUCGCGGACGAGCCUCAGCCUCAGGCAACGUGUUGCUAAUGGGAAAGAGCCAAGAAUUUUUAGGAAUAUGUAUUGGUAGAUCUACUAGCAAUGUAAAAAUAAGUGUCUUACGUUUUGAAUCUGAAAAUCCAAU